UAACGUCGCCAUGUUUGUUGUAGCUCUUGCUCCGUUGUUGUUGUCAGCUGUUGUCCUCGCUGACGGCUCUGCUGAUGAUGGCAUCGGACCAAUCACCGUCUCCGCCACCUCCAACGUGCUCACUGUCAAACUGGCGGCGCCACCUGGCAAGUUCAACCUAGUCUCGUUCCAUAUGAGGCUGGACCACAUGAUCACAGUACCAGAACAAGGUACCAUCGCUUCCCCUAACCUGCUUCCUCCCCAGGACUACAGGGAUGGUGCCUUCGUCUGGAACGGUCCAGUCAUAGGCAAGACAGAGUGUGACCUCAAAGGCAAGCCUAUCUACUACUGGGUACGUGUUGAGGAGAAUGGCCUGGGCAAGAACGGGAUACCCAAGACCGCCAUCAUCAACUGAUGUGUUACGCUGCUAACCACUUC